AUGGCUUUUUCUCAAGAAACCGGAGGGGCAUGGAGCAUCAUGGAAGAUGUCUUGUUGUGUGAGUGUUGGGUCCAAAUUAGUCAUGAUCCCAUAUCGGGUAAUGAGAUGAAAUUCAGUCAAAUGUGGAAAAAAAUUCUUCACGAAUUUGUUGAAAGAUCGGGUUCCACCCGUACAGAAAGCGCAUUGUCAAGUCGGUGGAAACUUCUCAACAAAGAGUUGGGGAAAUGGAGAGAUGCCCUCACAAAAGCGAUGAAUAACCAUGCAAGCGGGAAAAUCUAA